UUUUAUAGCUGUAAUCACAGAUUGUCGAUGUAUCGAUAUAUCCAAGGGAAGCAAAUGUAUGACCAUCUCUCUUAUAGUGUGACCGUAACUGAUAAGACCGCAGCGAAGAACGUAACAAAUUGGCGUCGCGUGGCUUUGUGAACAAAAACAAAGCUGAUCGAGGUUCAACUAGCAAUUUCGCCAGCUAAUUUCUGACAGAAAAGUGCCGCGCAAGGCCUCCAGACACUAUGGCCACAGACACAGUGUCCAACGGCGAGAACUAUCACCUCUCCAACGACGACGAUGUCAUCUGCCCCACAUGCAAUGUCAAAAUCAAGCGCAGCCAGGUGGCUGACCACUGCCAGGUUGAAAUGGAGCGCCUGCACACAGUGGUGCCGCCACACAUAAGUACCGCAUCAACAUCGACCGUUACAACAACGUCGACAUCACAGUCUGGAUCGGGCGGACGGCAGCCGUGGAGUGUGUUCCAGCGUGUGCAGAAAAAUCGCCAGACCCGUCAGCGCCAACGCACGCGAAAGCGUCCCUCCUCUCCGCCCGCGCCGGUGGCUGCCCCAUCCGAGCCAGCCACCUCCGCCUGUCCCGUGUGCAACAAGAACUUCCCGCUGGGCCGCAUCCAGGAGCACGCGAACGAGUGUCUGCGCAACAGCCGCCGGAAUGGCCAGGCCAACGGCGAACAUCACUCCAGCGACGAUACCGACGACAGCGAGGAGUACGAAGAGUACGAGUGGGCUGGCCAGAAGCGCAUUCGCGUGUCCACGCUGGUGCAGGGCGGCUACUCGGCCCUGAACAUGGGCCAGACCAUAAAAUACAAUGGCAGCCAGCAGGCCAACGAGGACGAGGACGAAGAUCUCAAUGUGGAUGAAGACGAUACGCAGAUCUACGGACCCACACAGUACGGGGAGGCCGAUGUGAUUCCAACGGUGGACGCUGGCGACUCCGGGGGCGAUGUAUCGGAGGCAGAUGUCACGAACUACGUCCGCAGACUCAUUUCGUCCAACGAAACACCCAAGCCGAAUCAUUCCAGCGAUGCAACUGCCACUGUGGAGGCUGCCGUGGAGCAGCAGCCAGCGACUGAAUCAGCGGCGGUGGCAUCCUCCAGGGAGUCACCAUCCACCUCUCGAUCCACGCGUUCGGCCUCUCAAAACCAGCAGCUGGUCAUCGAGGCCCUCAGGGCCAAGCUGCGCCUCUACGAGAACCAGUCGCAGAGCAAGUUCAAGUGCCUGAUCUGCCUCGACGACUACAAGAAUCCCGCCAUCUCCGUCUCCUGCUGGCAUGUGCACUGCGAGCAGUGCUGGUUGCAAACUCUCGGUGCGCGCAAGCUUUGUCCCCAGUGCAAUUCGAUCACCACACCGAAGGACCUGCGCCGCAUUUACCUGUAGACAUCGAAACACCUGCGACGCAUGUGCUUGUAGUGCAUGGAGGAGCACUACACUACAUC